AUGUCAAUCUGUUCCUUCGAAUUACGUGCUACUGGAGCCAUGACUAUGUUCUAUAAAAACCUCUUUCGAGUCGUUGCUACUGAUAAUGGUACAUUAUGUCAUUACGAAGAUUCUAGCCAAACAUUUUCCAUGAGUGAAAUUAUAACGGCCGAUGGUUAUCCAAAACUUGUGUACGUCUUCAAUGAUUCUCUACCGGGUCCUGUUCUACAUGUGUAUCAGAAUCAAACAGUGCGCAUACGUAUUCACAAUGAUUUUCCAACAGAAUCGCUUAGCGUUCAUUUUCACGGUAUUCGACAAGUGAAUACACCAGAGAGUGAUGGAGUUGGACGAAUCACUCAACUCUCCAUCUUAUCGGGUUCUAGUUUUCAACAUGAAUUUAUUGCAUUGGAUACUGGCACUUUCUGGUAUCAUUCACAUGUUCAAUCUCAGACAGCAAUGGGGCUGUUAGGUGGUUUUGUUGUUCAUCCUCGAAAAGUGACUAAUCGAGAAGAAGAGGGUGAAUUCGUAUUGGUCCUCAAUGAUUGGCAACACUUUUACACCAGUGAGCAGCAUCAUUUACUCAUCGAGAGCGGUCAAUUCUAUCCGAAUAGUUUGGAAUCGUUGAAAACAUCGGGUACUAUUGAUUUUUUUGAAGCUGUUGAUGGAUCACGAGCAGCUGAAGCACUAGUCACUUCGAUUCUCAUCAAUGGACGUGGUCAAUAUUUUGAUCCGCAUGCAGAAAAUGAUAGAUCGAGUACGACACCAUUAGAAUAUCUGAGAGUAGUUUCGGCACCCAGCAAUGGCAUUUACCGUCUGCGUUUGAUUAAUGGUGGUAGCGUAUUCUCACUGAAAUUCUCUAUCGAUGGUCAUCCAUUGAAAGUGAUCGCAUCGGAUGGCAUACCAUUUGCAGACCCGAUGAUAGUCGAUCAAUUGAUUAUCGGUCUCGGAGAACGAUACGAUGUUUUAAUUACAGCUACAAUAAACAGAGCAAUCAAUUACUGGAUUCGAGUCGAUACCAUGGAUAAAAACAAUAAUCCACGAUGGCAUGCUCGAGCAAUCUUACAGUAUACGACUAAUACGAUUAUGCCAACAUCGAAACCACGAGAAUGUACUACGAAUCAACCGUGUCUUAUUUUGAAUUGUCCUUUCACUCAAUACGGUCCAAACAUUGCGGAUAAUGCCAUGUCUCUGAUUUGUUUGACUCCUCUAAAUUUAACUACACAUGCAGAUCAUCUUGAUCGUGAUCUUCUAGACGAAACAAUGAUACCUGAAGUACGCAAGACGCUUCAGUUGACCAUUGUUAAACGUACCAAUAAACGGGCUGGGUUCGAAUCAUUCAAUUACAUUGGUAUGAAAUAUCCAUCGAUCGACAAACCAGUUCUCUACAAUGCUCGACAUGUUCGAGAAAACUAUGCCUGUCCCAAUCGUCUAUUGGGCUAUGAUACCGGCGAACAAUGUUAUCAUACCAUAGUGGCUCAAUAUAACGAUAUUGUAGAAUUAAUACUUAUCAAUCAUGAUGAUGAUCAGCAUCCUCUCCAUUUACAUGGCUCCUACUUUCAUAUUGUUGAACUUGGUCUAGCUCAAUUGAAUUCAACAACUGGUCAAAUCAAAACUGACAAUCCGAAUGUGUACUGUAACGAACAUGCUCAAUGUUCAUGCACAAAAGCGAAUGGUGCAUGCGAAAAAAAUAAUAUGCGUUUAGUGAAGGAUACAGUGCAGUUACCAAAAGGGGGAUAUAUGAGAGUACGUUUUCGAGCGACGAAUCCUGGUGUUUGGCUCUUCCAUUGUCAUACGGAACCACACUUAGAUCGAGGCAUGUCCAUCAAUAUUCAUGUCGCCGAAGAUCAAAUAUUUCAGUCGAAGAAAGUCAAGCAAUAA